AUGGACUGCAAGGAAAACAACAUAAUGGAAAAUGAUAUUAGGACAACUACCUUACAGAUUCAGAUGCCCAUGGAAGGGUAUUUGAUAUCGAAGCAAAAAGGCACCUGCUUCGUUUCGGCGAUCGUGAUCCUGAUCGUCCUUGCGUUCAUUCUUGCCAUUCUGCUGGUGUCGGCUUCGCGCAAACCGAGCUGUAUCGAUGAGUUAUCUUUGCCGGAAUUGGUGAUAGAUGAAAAAAAAGUAUUUGAUGGACGUCUCCCUGACAACUUGGUACCUAUAAACUACCUCAUCAAGCUUACUCCGUACUUGGAUGAAGUGGACGGAGGGAAAAUGCGAACAUUCGAUGGUUCUGUUAGGAUAGAAGCCAGAUGCGCGAGGCCAACUAGCAAGAUAACUCUCCACGCUCAAUAUUUGGAUAUUAACAGGGACUCAAUUCAGAUAAAAGACAGCGAGUUGAAUUCGCUGGAGGUAAGGGACGUUUCCACUGAUGAACUGUAUAACUUUUACGUGAUAUCAACGUACCCAGCUUUGCAAAAGGAAAAAGUUUACGUGAUAGAGAUGAACUACGUUGGGUCGCUGAACAACACGGAUCUGGUGGGCUUCUAUAUAAGUACAUACGCUGUUGGAAACACCACAAGGACAAUCGCUGUCUCGCAGCUGGAAACCACAUUUGCUAGAAUGGUAUUUCCCGCAUUUGACGAACCACGCUACAAGGCGACCUUUGACAUAGUCAUCACGCAUCGUGUUGGGCGGACGGCAGUGUCAAAUAUGCCGGUUAUUCUCACUGAAGUCAAUGGCGAUUGGUUGACAGUAACCUUUGACACGUCUCCUAUAAUGUCCACGUAUUUAGUGGGUCUCACUGUUACCGAUUUCGCAUUCCGAGAAACCACUACAGCAAAUGGAGUUAAGAUGAGAGUCUGGGCCAGGAAUGACCGGAUAGAAUCUGCUGUUUAUGCACUAGAGACUGGAUCCAAGAUGCUAACAUUUCUCGAAGAACUCUGGGAUAUUCCGUAUCCCCUUUCAAAGCUGGACAUGCUAGCAGCUCCAGAGUUUCGUUUUGGAGCAAUGGAAAACUGGGGGAUUGUUAUUUACGCCGAGCAGCGGAUGUUAUACAACGUCAGUUCAGACAAUCCGCCGACUGGUCAGCAGGUGGCCAUGAUAAUAGGACACGAGUUGGUUCACCAGUGGUUUGGUAAUAUGGUAACGAUGGACUGGUGGUCAGAUACGUGGCUUAACGAAGCAUUUGCUAGUUAUUUCGAGUUUGUUGCUGUGGAUGAAGUGGAACCGACGUGGGACAUUUUUGAACAGUUUUUCCAAGGAGAUGCGACAUUUAUGGCAUUGCAAGACGAUGCUGAAGCAGAUUCCCACCCCACUGUCAUGGAUGUUGGUUGGCUACCGGAUAUAUGGAAGAUGUUCGACUCUCGUGGAUAUCAACGAGGAGCGUGCAUGGCGCGAAUGAUGCAGGCAUUUCUGGGAGACGAGGUGUUCUACGAAGGAUUGCGCAACUACGUCCGAGACUUCAUGUACAAGAACGCAAUAUCUGACGACGUGUAUAGAUACUUAACAGAGGCGAGUAUUGGAAGAUCUAACGUAGAUGUGAAGGAGGUAAUGGAUCCAUGGAUGCUGCAAAAAGGGUAUCCACUAGUGACAAUCACACGAACGACUGACACGACCGCUGUGGCCGAUCAGAAACCGUACUCGAAUGAUCCAAACGGUGAAGGAUUUGGACCAUCCUGGUACGUCCCAUUAACAUAUACCCACUCGGGGCGGAUGAUAGUGGACAAUCCAAAGCACGUAUGGAUGCGAAAGUCAUCAGCUGAUUUGGAAUUAUCCGACGCUGAGGACGAUGACUGGAUACUAGGCAAUAUCAACCAGCUUGGCUUCUUCAGGGUCAACUACGACGCGGACAACUGGGAGAAGUUGAUCGCACAACUUAUCGAGGAUCACAAGAAGAUUCCCUUAGCGAAUCGAGCUGCUCUCGUUGACGACGUAUUUUCAAUGUCCCAGUCGAUGGAUAUCGACGCAGUUACUGCUCUCAGGGUCGGCUACUAUCUUAAGAAGGAAGAAGAUUAUACGCCAAUUAAAGCUGUCAUCAUCCAUCUCGACUUUUUUAAAAGUAUGCUUGAGCGCACAACGGCUUAUGGGUACUACAAAAAAUACAUUCAAAAUAUGUUCAGACCGAUGUAUGACAAAUUGGGAUGGAACUUCACAUACGAGAAUCACGUUGACUACCAUCUACGUAAAAGUGCCGUGGAAAGUGCGUGCUACACUGACUACGGUCCCUGUAUAGACACUGCUACCAGUAUAUACAAACGAUGGAUUGAUGGACAGGGUGAAUACAAAAUUGCCGAUGAUAUAAUUGAAGUGGUGAUGUGUUCAGCAAUCAAAGCUGGAACCGAGAAUGAUUGGCGAUUCGCUCUUUCCAUGCUGCACAGUACAUCUGCUCUGGCGUGUACUAAAGACUUCACUCUAAUUAAAGAGUACAUGGAAGAGUCCCUGCAUAUGAGCGAUAUCUUUACCACCCUUGGUUACAUCAAGCAACAGUCCGCUAUUGGCUACCAUUUGGCCUGGGAGUUUCUAAUGGAUAACUUUGAACUGCUCGUUCACGUUAAGGAGGAGAGCGCUUAUAAAGCUGUAUGGGAAUUUGCUGGCAAUAUGAAUAGAGGCAAGGACUUAGCCAUGUUGGAGCAGUUUGGUCGCACGUACUCUCACAUGCCGUCACUCGAAGUCAGCUCGUUUUACCAGUCAUUAAACAAAGUCAAGCUAAAUAUCGCCUGGAUGGAUAAAAACUACAACGCCGUGUACGAUUGGUUGAAGGGAAUCUCCGCUGAGGACGGUUGA